CUCACUGUUUUAAGUAUAGCUGAAAGACAUUACAAAUAUUCCAAAAUAUCCAAAAUGUGCAGUAAAUCUUCAAGAUUGAAAUCGUGUUUCUGAAAUAAUUUAAACAGAAGAAGAUUCCCCCCCCCCUUUUUUGCCCUGAGGUAGUUUAUUGUAACUACAAUCACAGCAAUCACAGUAAUAUUUGCAUUUUGUUCAUUGCGUAGUCUGUGCCGCAACUCAGAGCCGAGAUGGAUACAGCUGAUAGUCCACAGACACUGACGUGUGUGAUAAACCCAAGCUGUUAUCCAUUACCAGAAUAUUCAAAUGAGCAGUGAUUCAGCAUCCAAUCAGAUCGCAGAGUCGCACAUACAGUGCUGAACUGCUCACUGUAGAAAAAAAAAUUCUGUUGCAUAUUAACUGGGGGAGAGAGUUGAGCGCAGUUUACAGCCAAUAAGAUUGGAGAAAUCAGUGGGAGGAUUCUACAGAGAUUUCCAACGUUUUGGUUUUAUGCAGAGCAUUUAAAUCAGCACAUAGUGAUUAUACAGGAUAUCUAGAUAGCAUUUUUUCGAGAAUUGAAACUUUGGUUACGGGAGGUUUUGACUGUAACGCCUCAAGACCAUCCAGCAAACAUUUGCUAUCUCUGCCGAUUUUCAUCUUUUUUUGUUUAGAUAGGAGCACUCUAUGGAAUGAACGCUUUUGUUUAAAAAAACCGAACUACAUGUACAUGUAGAGAUAUGUGUUUCAUCUACAUUGUGAUAUACAGCAACCUCCAAAUUAGAACAUGUAUUUGAUGACGCAGCAGUGACUUUUCUAUGUCACUGGGCCACUGGGCGAUUAGAAGCCGUGAAUUAUCUGUUCUAAAAAAAAAAAGAGAGAACGAAAAAAGGAGUGAAUCAGUGGUUACUGAGGAUUGUUACUGAGGAUUUACUUCGAGGCAUGACAAGAAUUUGCGUUGCCGGAUUGAACCCCUUGUAAUUGAUGGGCACUGGAGGCGGACAAUUACAAUAGUAAAUCAGCGGGGAGAAGAAAAACCAGACUUGUCUCGACUGAUGAUUAUGGCAACAACUGCUCCAAUUCCCUGUGGAUUCGCACACAGCUCCCCGGUACUGUAGCCAGUGCACAGAUUACGCCUGGCUGACUUGAUAGUGGCGGUGAACACGAAGCGCUUACGCGGGUAAUUAUUGGGACAUAUUCCCCGGACACCUGCAUCAUUUGAUCAGCUUAAUUUUGUUCCUCUCUCUCUCUCCGAAGUGGAGCGGGACAGAUGAUCUACAAAAUCUCCACAAGGCACUAAAUUGCAACACUCAGCGUCACAGACAUCAUCAUCAAAUGUUGAUUGGGAGAUGAUUUAAGAUCAUUUCGAUUAGAGUUAGGACAACUACUCGUGAAAACGUUUUUGCUGAGUGUCUUGGAUAAACAGUUGUAGUCUCAACUAGGAGAUAAUCAGGAUUUGACUGCAACAUUUUUGUUCUAUUUCGACAACCAUUCAACUCGUGACCACAUUUUGCCAACUUUUUCAGUUAACACCGUGGAAACAAAUAGACAUCAUCAAAACUUUGCCAUUUCUGUGAGUGACUUAAGAACUUCACAAACAUUGGAUAACUUCAAAUGUUGAAUUCUUGUUGUCGCUGCCUUUCUACCUAAUGCAUUCCUCCCUCGAAAAUUGAUUUACAUAAAUCAACGUGUGCCAGAAGAGAGGGAGUUACAAAAAAAUAUUGGCUUACUGAAGUCCUGUGACUUACAAGUAGUCACAGCAUCUCAGGAGACUCUAACCUAUUUUCUGAUCACCUUGGAGGAUCUUCAUCUCAUCAAUAUAAAUUGGAAUUAAGCCAUUAUGAUUCAGUAAAAGCUAAGGUUUAUGUCUCUCAGUGCCCGCCUCCUAGAAAGUCACGUGAAGGAAUGAUUCUGUCUCUUGAAAAGACUUGAAAACUUGAACAGUAUGUUUUUUGGAUAUAAAGUCAUUGCAAUGCCAGAGAGUGCACAGUAUUAAGGCCAGACCCGACCAGUCUGGUUUGAAGAUACUUUUACUUACUGCACUGCUUACUGAACAUCUGCUAAAACAGAGAACAAGUAUCCAUUCAAGGAAAACAGAGGAUUGCAGGAAGAUUUUCUUUCUAACUUUGCUGGUGAUCUUUGCUCUCACAGAUUAGUGAAAGUACGGUAGUUGGUGAGUUUUCGCAAAAACAUUUAACUGCCAGUCAUUGCUGUUUUGACUGUGAUCAAAAAAGUUUUCAUCUUCCGAGAUUUAAAUUUGUGGCAAUGAGAUGGCGGCACCCAACAACUCUGUCACAGUGCCACUGCCUAUGGACCAAUUUUUGGCAGGUAUGCCUUGUGCAACGCAGAAUCCCAGCUCGGACAUCGGUAGUUUCGUCGUCUUUCUAAUCCUGGGUGUCCUAAUCAUCAUCGGGAAUGUCAUCGUGCUCGCUGUGAUCCUCAAGAACGAGGUCCUCCUGCAGACUGGGUAUUACUACAUCAUCAGCUUGACUGUCGCUGAUUUGUUAGUUGGCAUGAACUGCGUCAUUGAAGCCGUCAUGAUGCGUGUCGUGGUCCCGGACCCCAGGUGGUGCUUGGUGCGCAUUGCCUUCCUGAUCCUCGCCUCCAUGGCCAGCAUCUUGAGUGUCUUUGGCAUUGCUUACGACCGCUACAUCGCCAUCACCAACCCCAUGGUCUACACACAGCGCGUGGGACAAUUCCAAUCCCGUGUCAUUGUCGCAAUCAUCUGGAUCAUGGCUGUACUAAUUGGAUUUGCCCCCCUGAUGGGCUGGAGUGACGUAUCCGCCUACGUCGGCUGCUGCCAGGUCCUGAGUACCCUCAUCGGUAGCUACAUGCUGUUCCUGACGUUCGCUUGCUACCUACCACCCCUACUAGUCCAGCUCUACUUCUACGCCUGCAUCCUCCAGAUCUCCCGCAACCAGGCCCGGCGAAUCGCGGACCUCCAACGCAACACGUGCGUAGUGCGCAACGUGCGCUCCUCACGGACGAACAAAGCCCUGAAGACCCUUACAGUGGUCAUCGGCUGUUUUGUUAUAACCUGGACUCCUUUUUUCGUUGUGCUUGCUGUCCACGCAAUCUGUGCAGAAUCCUGCAAUCUUAAAACUAUCGUCCAAGACUGCCUAGUGCCACUCGGUUUCACAAACUCCUUCCUGAACCCGUUCGUCUAUGCCUUUUGGAGCCGGGACUUUCGGGAGAGCAUGCUGGCGAUAAACUGCUGUACAGAGAGGAACCGAGAACGAAUAGUCCGGGUCUGGACUCUCCGGCGAACCACUCGGGUGACAGUUGUCUCACAGAAAGUAAGCAGUCAUACUGAUAUGAACACCAACAGGCACAUUGUGUACAUGUGAUCAAAAAGUUCUCAUCUGUUCACCCUGCAUAAUGACAAUAGAACUUGCCACUUCACUAACACAGCUUAUAAACACUUAUUAGAGUUUUAAAUAGCCUGUAACUCUCUGGAUUUUCUCAUCAAACUUUCCGGAUCCACCAAAAUCCAACACUGUGGUGAGUAUGGCCAACAUGGCAAGGUCUUUGUGCUUGAACGCAACAAGGACAUUGAGUCCCAUGUUAAGUAACAGUGCCAGGCCCGACAUUCAGAAUUAAAGAAUUAAGCAAAAACAAAAGUGUUGGAUUUGUGGUGGAAUUUAGAGAGUUAACUGUUAAAAUAUUCAAAGUUAAUGAGAGUAUUGUUGUAAAAAUGGGUUUUCUCUGUUCGGUGCAAUUAUGUCGUGCCUAGGUUUUUCAAAAAUAAGUGUGAUUAAUUUUGGUCAAGAGAUAUUGUUUGUACCGUUCCAAAAGGUAAAAUUUGAUUUAAAAACUAUUUUUUCAAAAUCUUUUUCCACUUCUAUUUCUGGUGCACCCGUCCAACACUAAACAAUACAUUAGAAUUUUAAUAAUGAAGCAUAUAUUAUUCAUACAGUAUUUAUAAGUUAUUUUAUACAUCGGUAAUGCUUUCCUUAUUUCUCGCCCCCUUUACUAGUGUUGAUGAAAGUACAUUGUAAGACCAAUCAGUUAACUUGUUUCAAUCGAAAUCUCUACUAAAAUUUGUUUUUAAGGGGGCUGUUGUAAUAUUUGCAAACCUAAGAACAUUUAUUAUGAAUGAAACUGAAAAAAAUUGAAAGUGCCAUUUUGUAUUGAGGAUGAUUAUUUACUUGACUUUCACUGACACUUUUUUAAACAAAAAGACAUUAAUGGAAAGUGCGAAAUGUAUUCUCAAUAUGUUUUUCAACUUGCAGUUGAGUUCAUGAAAUAGAUCAAGAUGCAAUUGAUUAUUAAUGAACAAAAUAUCAGAUAUUAAUUAAAUCUAGCUAAUGAUGUACAGUGUUUAUGCUUCUGAAAGAAAAUUUCUAUGAACUGUAGUAAAGCGUUGAUAUUCUUCUAAAGUUAAACUUGAAGAAACUCACAGAAUUGUGUGUCUUUUGAAACAAUAACCUAAGGUGUUGUAAAUACACAGUUUCUCAGUACUAAAUGUAUAGGAGAGUACUUGUAAAACAACUUCAGUUGUAUGGGGACAAACGUGCAAGAAUGAUAGAUAUUUUAAAAAGUAUGUGUUGGCAUCCAACAAUAAACAAAAAAUCACUUUUUUUCCGUCCAGUUGAAGGAAAAUCUGUAAUUUAUGGUGUGUGUGUCUUUCUUGCUCUUCUAAAAGCACCAACUCAUUUACAUUUUCAUGACAAUAACAGAUUUGUUGCGUAUUUUCAUCAGUUUAAUUUAAUUGUAAUUGGAAAAUGAUGCAACCACAUUUGAAAAAACACUUUCGCCACACUGUUAUGAGAGUUAUUCUCACUAUUUUUAAACCUUGGACAUGUCUACAUUUUCAGGAAAAUAACAAUUCGGUCUGAACCUCCUAAAUUAACCUCAUUAAAAUGAAUGAAGAGGAUGUACAGUAAUUUGACAGGAAACACAACUGUCUUUCUGCAUGAUGCCACAACUUGUCUUCUUUGGACCUGUUAAUCUUCUCGUCCGGAGCGCGAGACUGCUGCCUGAAUAUUGUACAAGUGACAUUUGGAACCCGUCUUUAGAAAUAACUGUAAUUUAUUUUUAGAUGCUUAUUUUUACCCAAAGCCUCAUGUUUUUAUCUACUGAAUCUGAUACCAAGAUAAAUAGAUCCUCUCGCCGAAUAUUCUUCCCAAGUUUAGCUUUAAUUGACAAGAUCGCCUACUCGUUUACCUUAGCAUUUUCCAAGAAAAACAUUUUUCCUAAAUAAAACAUGAAGAAAAUU